AUCGAAACUUCCCAAAAACCCUACCAAAACCCUAAAUCAAAUAAAUAAAGCUUUCAACUUUCUUCAUCCUCCAAAGCCCUCCCAAACAACCCAAAACCUUAAAGAAGAAAGAUGCGAAGACCCAAAUCGAGAACAGUUCGAAAAAAGCACAAGGAAAAUGAGUUCCAAGAAAUCGAGGUUCUAAAUGAAUGGAUAGAAUCCCAGAAACCUGAAUCCGGUUUCAACCCGUUGUCUCUCGACCCGCUCCAGUCCAAGAUGCCAAUUGGCCGAAUUGUCGACCCCCAAAGUGGUGCUGUUUCGUUCUCGAGGUACACGGGAGCAAGGAAGUUUUAUGAGCUGCCUAUUUCGAAGAGGGCGAAGAAUGGGUUGGAGGAAGGUGGGUUUAAGAAGAUGACUGAUAUACAGGUGGCGUCUUUGCCUCACGCGCUUUGUGGAAGGGAUAUUCUUGGUGCAGCUAAGACAGGGUCCGGAAAGACUCUCGCUUUUGUUAUUCCGGUCUUGGAGAAGCUGUAUAGAGAAAGAUGGGGUCCUGAGGAUGGAGUAGGCAGCAUCAUAAUAUCUCCCACAAGGGAGCUAGCUGGUCAACUUUUUGAUGUAUUAAAAACUGUUGGGAAGUAUCACAAUUUUAGUGCUGGCCUUCUAAUUGGUGGUCGCAAGGGAGUUGACACAGAGAAAGAGCGUGUGAAUGAGCUGAACAUUUUAGUUUGUACUCCUGGACGUCUUCUUCAGCACAUGGAUGAGACUCCAAAUUUUGAUUGUUCGCAGCUUCAGGUUUUGGUCCUUGAUGAGGCAGAUCGUAUUCUUGACAUUGGUUUUAAGAAGACUUUAAAUGCAAUUGUAUCACAGCUACCCAAGUGUAGACAAACAAUGCUUUUCUCAGCAACCCAAACAAAGUCAGUUCAGGAUCUUGCAAGGCUUAGUUUGAAAGACCCAGAGUAUCUCAGUGUGCAUGAGGAAGCUGUGACAGCCACUCCCAAUCGCUUGCAGCAAACUGCAAUGAUCGUUCCACUCGACCAAAAGUUGGAUAUGUUAUGGAGUUUCAUAAAGGCACAUCUGAGAUCAAAGAUUCUUGUGUUUCUUUCAAGCUGCAAAGAGGUCAAAUUUGUCUUUGAAGCAUUCAAGAAAUUGCGUCCUGGAAUACCCUUGAAGUGUCUUCAUGGAAGGAUGAAUCAAGAGAAGAGGAUGGGUAUAUAUUCCCAGUUCUGUGAGUCUCAUUCAGUUCUGUUCUCAACGGAUGUGGCUUCAAGAGGUCUUGAUUUUAACAAAGCAGUUGACUGGGUUGUGCAGGUAGAUUGUCCGGAGGAUGUUGCAUCUUAUAUACACCGAGUUGGCCGCACUGCUCGCUAUCUUUCUGGAGGAAGGUCAGUUUUAUUUCUGAUGCCUUCAGAAAUGAAGAUGCUUGAAAAUUUACAGGCAGCAAAAAUACCAAUACAGUUUAUUAAGGCAAAUUCAAAGAGGCUGCAACCUGUUUCUGGAUUGUUAUCAGCUUUACUAGUGAAGUAUCCAGAUAUGCAGCAUCUGGCUCAGAGGGCCUUUAUCACAUAUUUGCGUUCUAUUCAUAUUCAAAAAGAUAAAGAGGUUUUUGAUGUGAUGAAACUACCUAUUGAUGAAUAUUCAGCGUCACUUGGUUUACCAAUGACCCCUAAAGUCAGGUUCUUGAACCAAAAAAAGAAAAGCAAAAAGGAGUCAGAAAAAUCUUCUUUUCUUGAAUCAGAAAUCUUUGACGAGGAGAAUGAGUCAGUUAUGCCAAAAGAAGAGCUACUAGUAGAAGAUGUGAAAGACAAGAAAGUGGACAAAGAUUUUCUUCUGAAGGAUGGUACACAAGAUGUGGGAGAACAGAAUGCUAGUGAGAUUGGAGAUACUAUGCCGGUGACACGGGUUUUGAAGAAAAAAAAGCUGAAGAUCAAUGUUCAUAGGCCUCUGGGGACAAGGGUGGUCUUUGAUGAGGAAGGCAACACGCAGACUCCAUUUGCCAUGUUGGGUGACAAGAAGAGUGGCAACAUUCUGCUCGACCAGGACAAAAAGGAUGAGUACUACAAGAAAAUGAGAGCUGAGUUGAAGCAAGUGGACAAGGAAGACAAGCUUUUGGAGCGCCAACGGCUUAGGGAGAAACGACUCAAGCAGAAGAUGAAGCGAAAGAAAGGGAGAGAGGAGGAAGAGGAUGAUGAAGAGGAUGAGGAUGAUCUUUCUGGUUUAGAAGGAGAAUCAGAUGCAAACAGAAAACAUAAGAGGUCUAAAGUAUACUUCCAUAGUGAUAGUGAUGAUGGUGAAAUAGAAGAAAAUAAGGCCGACACAGGUUUCAAUGCUGAUUCCGUAUCUCUGGCAGAACAAGAAGAACUUGCUCUUAAGUUGUUAAACUCAAUGCACUCGUAAAUUAUAUGAAGUACAUGAUCCUCCUAUUGACCUUAUAUUAGUUCAUUGCCAACAGAAACAGCUGAAACCUUUCUGUUCCCAAUUAACAGAAAAUGCAAUUUUGUCCUCUUCACAGCA